GGAGUAAAAUCGCGGCCGUGCUAGCUUGUUUGUUGUUAUUUUUCAUAGCAUUGAAUGUAUUUCGGUUAUUUAGUGGCUUUUAUGACGUUCAGUAAUUAGUCGGAACAAAAGCAAUAACAUCAACUACAAUAUCACUUGAGUUUUAAAUAGCUUGUCACUUAGGUCGCUUAACUGUUAACACGCAGUUACACAGAAACACUGCAUGUGUUAAUGAGUCGGUCAUUCGUGCGCUACGGACUACACUCUACAGGCUGAGUACAGCCGCUGUAGUCCGAGUCGGUUAAUGUAACACAGGAGAUUCUCAUUAACGUCAUCUUACUGAGGAAAAUGGCUGACCCUUCAAAGGACAUGGCGGAGAUCAUGGGUUUCGGUGGAUUUGGAAAGAAGGCCCGAACGUUUGAUCUAGAUGCCAUCUUCGAACAGACAAGGCGAACUGCAAUGGAGCGAUCUCAGAAAACAUUAGCUGAGAGAGAAGUGGACAAGGCUGCUGGGAGUGUUCAGCGUCAAUCAAGGACGGCAGCUCCUCACUCCAGCAAGUCUCAGGCUAGCAUCGACAAGCGUCGUGAUUCCGACGAUGAUGAUGAUGAUGACGAGGAGUUGAUUGGUCCACCGUUACCACCGGCCGCCGCAAAUUCACAGAAGGAGCCAGAUGAUGAGAAUGGAUCUGAUGGAGAUGAAUUGAUAGGCCCUCCUCUCCCUAAUCCGACGGAGGAUUCAGAUGAAGAGGAAGAUGACCAUGAAAUGAAGUAUGGUAGGAAAGUUCCGGACAGCCACGAGAUAGUCCUCCUCCAUGGCGACAAAACUGUGUCGGCGAUGACGUGGGAUCCAGCCGGGGCGCGCGUGGCCACGGGCGGAUUUGAUUACGACGUCCGCUUGUGGGAUUUCGCAGGCAUGGAUGCCAACCUGCGAUCGUUUCGCACCCUGCGGCCGUGCGAGUGCCAUCAGAUCAAAAGUCUGCAGUACAGUAUAACCGGAGACAGCAUACUGGUGGCGUCUGGCAAUGCGCAGGCCAAGGUUAUUGAUCGUGAUGGCUUUGAUGUGAUGGAGUGCCCCAAGGGGGACCAGUACAUCACUGACAUGGCCACGACGAAGGGUCACGCUGCAAUGCUGAAUAUGGGUUGCUGGCAUCCACGCGACAAGACCGAGUUUAUGACUUGCUCUAUAGACAAUACUGUCAGGCUGUGGAGCGUGGAGGACAGUAAGAAGCACAAGGCAGUGAUCAAGCCGCGGUCAAAGCAAGGUCGCCCGACGGUGCCGACGGCGUGUGCGUAUAGCAACGAUGGCAAGCUGGUGGCGGCUGCAUGCCAGGACGGAUCCAUACAGAUGUGGGAUCACCGCAAGCAGUUUGUGAACACGGUGGCAGUGUGUCGGACGGCGCACCAGCCGGGCACGGACACGUCGUGCCUCUGCUUCUCCUACAGCGGCGCGCUGCUGGCCUCGCGCGGGGGCCUCGCCGACGACUCGCUCAAGCUGUGGGACGUGCGCAGCAUGAGGGCGCCACUGCAGCAGAAACACGACCUCGAGAACCUGUUUGCGAUGACGGACUGUCUGUUCAGCCCGGAUGACCGCAUGGUCGUUACGGGCGUGUCGGUGAGGCGGGGCCAGGGCAUGGGAGAGCUGCUGUUCUUUGAUCGUGACACGUUCGACAAAUCCUACUCGAUACCUGUGUGCGAGGGAGCGAGUGUCGUCAAAUGUAUCUGGCAUCCUAAACUAAACCAGAUCAUGGUGGGAACGAGCAAUGGACAGGCAAAGGUCUACUAUGACCCUGAGAUUAGUCACCGUGGUGCCAAGCUGUGUGUCGUCAAGACAAUGCACAAGGUGAAGCAGAUAGAGUUUGUUGCUGAUGAUCCGAUCAUCACGCCGCACGCGCUGCCAAUGUUCCGCGAGGAGCGCCCAAGGUCGACAAAGAAGAUCAACGAGAAGGCGCGCGCCGAUCCGGUGAAGUCACAUCGACCCGACCUGCCGUUCCACGGACCUGGUGCUGGCGGGCGGCUGAGCGCGAGCGGAGGCACGAUGGCGUCGUACAUAUCCAAGAAGUACGCGCUAGCGCGACCCAUCGAGAACAAGAGCCUCGACCCGAGGCAGGCCAUCCUGAGACACGCUGAGGACGCGGCAGAGAAUCCUCAGUGGACGCGCGCGUACCUGCAAACACAGCCUGAGCCUGUCUUCCAAAAAGAAGGGGAGGAGAAGAAGGAGCCGGAUGAAACUGUACAGCCUCCGUGGAAGAAAAAGAAACUCUGAGAUCCCCAUGAGGAAGUCAGACAGCUAAACUCAAUCUCUCCCACCCCACCCUACAUCACCAACC